AAAAAGGCUUCCGGUAGACUAGCCCAACAAUUUUGAUGCUAAACGUAUCUAUUCGCAAACGUAUCUUCCGGUAGGCUUCCGGUAAUGAAUAGCGUGGUUUUUCUUCCGUUGAAACGUUUCAUGCUCUUCGCAAACAAAUCUUUUAUCUUCUCCGAACGCCAACACGAGUUCUACAAUUACAAAUUAUGUUCUCCGUACACCAUUCUCUCUCUGGUUAAUGACUCAAUUGCCCUCUCUGCUGCUCUAUCCCUCUCUGCAAAUUCGAAAUCAUAUAUUCUGGGAACCCAAAUCCAUGCCCAAGUCAUUAAGUUGGGAUUUUCCAAAUGCAUUUUAACACAAAAUAAUUUGAUUAAUAUGUACAUGAAAUACAGAAUUUUAGGCAAUGGGCUUAAGGUGUUCGAUGAAAUGUUUGAAAGAAAUCUUGUUUCUUGGACUUUGUUGAUAAACGGCGCUAUUCAGAUUGGUGAAUUUGAAUUUGGUUUGAAGGUGUAUGUGGAUAUGACAAGAGCUGGAUUGAAGCCUAACCAGUUUGCUCUUGGCAGUGUUACCAAGGCAUGCAUUGCUAUGAGUGCUAAGGAAUUUGGUUUGAGCAUUCACUGUGUGGCUUUAAAAAUUGGAAUGGAGAAGAAUCAGUUUGUGGGUAGUUCAAUUUUGCAUAUGUAUGCUAAGUCUGGGAAUAUUGAAGCAGCUGAAUGGGUAUUUGGGCAUGUGGACAACCUUGAUAUAGGUUGUUGGAAUGCUAUGGUUGGAGGAUAUGCCGAAUGUGGUCUUGGCUUUGAAGCCGUUAAGGUUGUUUCUUUCAUAAGAUCAAUAGGAGUAACCAUGGACAACUUCACUUUCAUUAAUGCCCUUAAGGGGUGUUUAGUUCUGGAUAAUUUGGACUUUGGAAGAGAGAUUCAUGGCUUGAUGAUUAGGAGUGAUGUUGAAUUAAGUGUUUCUGUAAUGAAUUCUUUGAUGAAUAUGUAUUUUAAAAAUGGUGGAAAGGACUCUGCUCUGAAGGUUUUCAAUCUAAUGCAGGGUAAAGAUAUUACAUCAUGGAAUAUUUUAUUUUCAAGCUUCUCUCAAGAGCAUGAUUCAAGUAAAGUAGCAAGCUUGUUUUGUAGGUUGUUAUUAACACGUUUGAGGCCCAAUCAUAUCACUUUCUCAACCUUGUUUAGACUUUGUGGAGAGGCACUUGAUCUUGAUCUUGGGCUUCAGUUUUAUUGUCUUGCUUUGCAACUUGGAUUCUCUGAUGAAGCCAAUGUUGUGAGCUCAAUCAUCAAUAUGUUGACUAGAUGUGAGGAAGUGAAGAUGGCACGGGUAGUGUUUGACAAUGCUUUCAAAAAUGUAAUUACCUGGAAUGAAAUGAUUUUGGGGUACAGUUCAAAUUGUUGCCACAUGGAAGCAUUGAAGCUUUUUCACAAUUUAUGGGAGUUGGAAGUUGAGGCAGAUGAAACUACCUUCUCCAUCAUUUUGAGAGAUUGUUCCAUGUCUGAAAACCAACUUGCGAGCAGACAAAUUCAUGGAAUUAUAGUUAAGACAGGCUUUGCUAACAAUAAAUUUGUGUGUAGUUCAUUAAUUAAAGGUUAUAUCAGAUUUGGACUGCUAGAUGAUUCAUUUGAAUUUUUGAUUGGGCUUGAAAGAUUAGACUCGUCAUCUUGGGGAACCAUGUUCUCUGAAUUGGUGCGUCAGGGCUGUAACGAUGAAACAAUUAAGCUUAUGAACUAUUUAAUAGAAGUUGGUGAAAAGCUUGAUGAGUUUAUUCUGGGCAGUAUUUUAAAUGGUUGUGCUGCUUCAGCAGUUUAUCAUCGAACUAAGACUGUACAUUCCUUUGUGAUCAAACUGGGGUUUGAGAUGCACUCAUUUGUUGCUAGUGCGGUUAUAGAUGCCUAUGCAAAGUGUGGGGACAUUGAUGGUGCAAGAAUGGUUUUUGAACAGCUAUCCAAAUCUGAAGAUGUGGUCCUUUUAAAUACUAUGAUCAUGGCUUAUGCACAUCAUGGUCUUAUAAUUGAAGCUAUGGAAAUCUUUGAUAAAAUAAAGUCAUCUAAUUUGCAGCCCAGCCAAGCCACUUUUGUGUCAGUCAUGUCGGCUUGUAAUAAUUCGGGUCAUGUUGAUGAAGGUCGUAAUAUCUUCAAAUCAAUAAGCUUGAAUUAUGGAAUGCAGCCAUCUCCAGAUAAUUAUGGUUGUUUAGUUGAUAUGUUGUCCAGAAAUGGAUUCCUCGAAGAUGCUAAACGUAUAAUCCUAGACAUGCCCUUUUCUCCUUGGCCUGCUAUUUGGAGAUCCUUGCUCAAUGGUUGUAGGAUACAUGGGAAUCAAGAGUUGGGAGAAUGGACUGCAGAUAAGUUAGUUCAGUUAGCUCCCAAAAGUGAUUCAGCUUAUGUUUUAUUGUCAAAGAUUUAUUCUGAAGAUGGUAGCUGGGAAAAUGCUGCUAAGGUCUGGAAGGGAAUGGUAGAAAGAGGAUUUCAGAAAGAUCCAGGUUAUAGUUCGAUUGAGAUAUAGAAAAAGAUUCAUAACCUUGCAAUAAAGAAGCUCUCAUCGAGUUUGAGGAGAGUGUUUGAAAGCUGAUGGUUCUGAUUCCUCUGAAUUAGGAGUGCCUGUAUGGCAAUUCAUUUGCAUGCUUUGAAAGAAAUGGUUCGUUGUUGAAGCAUGAAGCCAAGGCCCCCUUUUGGUGUAUAGGAAAACAAGAUAUUGAAUAUUAUCAGAAAGUUGGCUUAUGGUUUUAAUGCUAUGCAAGAAAAGCAAUCUCCCUAUGGUCCAUGCCUGGGAUGAGUUGGAUAGAGUUCUCAAAUCUGACAUAUUUGCGUGAAGGGACCACCCAUACAAUCAAACCUGCACCAAAUUGCACCUGAUGGCCUGAAACUUUUAAUAUUGCACAGCAUGGUAGAUAUUUUGAAUAUAAUAUUGCCAUGCUACCUGCCAAAGAAUCUGAGAAGGGUGUCGGACAAGCCGCUUGAGGUGAAAAAUUGUGACUUUUGUAGAAGGGUAGUCCCCAAAUGCUGCGAGGAGCAUGGAGAUUGAGAAGGGUGUAUGAGGAGAAAGUUGGUGCGCUCAACCCUCUAGCGGACCGUAGCUCUUCUUGUAAUCUUGUUCUUGAAAGCUCGCCACCCUGAUUGGCUUUUUCUUUCGAAAAUUAAAAGGCACUCUUGAGAUUUCUAAUUCUGACACUUCCCUCUUUAAAUUUUGAACAAGUACCAACAAGUUUUUUUAAUAUUACAAUAUAUUGAAAACAA